AUGUCAUUGACAACAGCUGGCAAAGAACGUUCCGUCAAGAAAGAGCCCACAUAUUCGACAGAGUGUCAGUUGCAUGGAUUAGAAUUUCUGAAAGCAUACGAGUCCACCGGUCGAAUGACGACCGACUCAGAUGCAGCAACAUCGGCUACCAGGGUCGGACAGAUUGCGAGCGGCUCCGACAUUCAGGCUAAGACCGGAAUCGAACUCAUGCACGAGUUCGUUCCGAUCACAUCACAUGGAAUAAUGCCGGGUUCUUCUCCGAAUGUGGUCAGUACGAAAGGGGAGAAAAUAACACAGUCAAACAGUUGCACCGGGACUCAGUCAUCUUUCCUGCCUGGCACAUUCGAUCAGACAAUCAUCAAUCCGGUUGGUCGAUUGGAAUCAUUCGGUGCCACCCAGGCGACGCAACGUAAACAACGAAACGCGAAACCUUUUAUUCAUUGUCCAAACAAUCGGAGACACUUGGUUCCGGACUCCCACACGGUGCAAAUGACCGAUAAUGCUAUCAGACAAACAGGAAUGUUUUUCACUAAUCGAUGUAACUCUCAAUCCCUCGAGGAACUGACCCCAAUGGAGCAUGUCUGUCCGCACCAACAGCAACAACUACAUAUGCCGACGUACAGUGGUGGCCUUCUGACCUCCGAUGGCACGUGUACCGUACGGCGUGGUCAUCCCCACCCAGACCCAUUGGUUUCCGCGAGCUGCGCGUUGAAUCAGAGUUUUGAUAUGGAAAAUUCGCUAAGNCUAAGCAAUUCCGAGCCCCGGCCGGACUGUGGUUUGCAUCCGUCUAUUGGUUUAUUGCCACGCGAAUCGAAUAAAAGUCCGUUUCGAUCGAAUAAUGCCGAUUUUGUCCAGCACGGAGAUCACAUGUCGCGUGCAUCGCAUGUUUGUAAAAUGUGA